AUGGGCGCGAAGAAGAAGUCGGGGCGGGCAGCAGGCAGCUCCAACGCCGUGCAGCACGACGUGUCGCCGCCACCCGAAGAGGCGCCGCUGCACGACGAGGAGGACAUCGACUUCGACGACGUUCUGCUGGGGGACGAUGAGGAGGCUGCGGCGUACGAUGACGACAUUCACGACGAUGACGACUUCGAGGUAAAGGCGGAGAAGUACCGCAGGAAAAUGCUUGCGCAGACCCGCGACGCCGUGGAGGAGCGCGACGCGGACAUGCGGACGCGCCUUGUGAAGGCCACACCACUGAGAGACGCGGAGGAGGAGCAGCUGCAGCUGCUCGGCCAGCGGCACACCGCGGAGGAACUGCGCGACCGCAUUCAGGAGACGGUGCGUGUCCUCUCAAACUUCAAGGACGAACGCGAAGAGGAGCGGACGCGUGAGGAGUACCUGCAGCUGCUGCGCUCCGACGUGAUGGAGCUGUACGAAUACAACGACUUCCUCACCGACGCAAUUCUGCUGCUCUUCCCCCCGGCGGAGGCUGUUGAGUUCUUCGAGGCGAUGGAGAAACCGCGGCCAACGACCAUCCGCGUCAACACACUCAAGGCAAAACGUCGCGACUUGGUGCAGGCGUUGGUGAAGCGCGGCAUGAAUGUUGAACCACUGGAGAAGUGGUCCAAGGUCGGGCUGCAGGUACUCGAGUCGAACGUCCCGAUUGCGGGAACGAUCGAGUACCUCGCCGGCCACUACAUGCUGCAGUCCGCGGUGUCGUUUCUGCCGGUGAUGGCGCUUGCCCCGCAGGAGGACGAGCGCAUCCUCGACAUGGCGGCCGCGCCUGGUGGCAAGACAACCUACAUUGCGCAGCUGAUGAAGAAUACGGGCGUUCUCUUUGCCAAUGACGUGAGCGAGCCCCGUACAAAGUCACUUAACGCGAAUCUGCAGCGCCUCGGCGUGACCAAUGCGGUGGUGACGAACUACGACGGCGCCGGCUACGAUAAGGUAAUGAAGAACUUUGACCGCAUUCUCCUCGAUGCGCCGUGCACAGGAAGCGGUAUCAUCUCCCGCGACAAGAGCAUCAAGACGAGCAAGCACUACGAGGACGUGCAGCGGUCGUCGCAGCAGCAGCGCUCCCUGCUUCUCUCCGCCAUCGACGCGGCGAAGGUGGGCGGCUACGUUGUGUACUCCACCUGCUCGUUCCUUGUGGAGGAGAACGAGGCCGUCGUGGACUUCGCGGUGCGGCGGCGCCACGUGGAGAUUGUCGAGAUGGGCCUCCCGUUCGGACGCCCUGGGCUGACGAAGUACCGCCACCACCGCUUUCACGACAAGAUGCAGAACGCCCGCCGCUUCUUCCCACACGUGCACAACAUGGACGGCUUCUUCGUGUGCAAGCUGAAAAAGUUGUCCAACAAACAGACGGAACUCAGCGGCGCUGCUGGCACGGAGGAGAAGGAGUUGGCGAGUGCCCGACGUGAGAAGGGUGCCACAACGGCUGGCCUCAAGCGGGCCCGGGACGGCACCGCACGCGAUGGGGCGGGGAAGCCAGCGAAACCAAGCCGUGUAAGUGUUCCUCCACCUGCGCGACGCAGUGCCAAGGCACAACGCAGCACGGCGUAA